AAUGGGUUCACACGUAUAUAUUCUUGUCGUUUUUUGUAGGCCUUUCCACAAUCUUGCACAGAAUUGUUUGUCAAGAAUACAUCAUUGCCUGAUGGUACCUACACCUUGAAGAAGAUGGUGCGUAAACCGUAUAAAGUAUAUUGUCACAUGACAGAUAUCCCAGGAUGUGGGGUUGGAGGUUGGACCCUAGUGAUGAAGCUUGAUGGGACUAAGAAAACAUUUAUGUAUCGUUCUUCUUGGUGGACAAACAAACAGACAUACGCAGUACAAGAUGGUCUGGAAGGAUUGACAGAGAAAGAAAGCAAGUUGGCUUCGUAUUGGAAUACUCCGUUCACAAAGAUUUGCCUGGGCAUGUCGUAUAACGGAGACACAAAAUGGAUGAGUUUCAACUACACCGGAAUUUCGCUGUACACUGUGAUCGCAGACGGCCAGUUUAGGGCAACGGGGGCUGGUAGAGCAGCAUGGAAAUCUCUGAUCGCCGGCUCGUCACUUCAGAGAAACUGCAACAGGGAAGGAUUUAAUAAUAUACACCUACGUUCAAAAAUGAGAAUUGGACUUGUAGCCAAUGAACAGGAAGAUUGUAAUACGUGUGAUUCUUGGAUUGGCUAUGGAGUAAUGUCCACUGGAUGGACUUGUGGAAAUUUUGCUAGCCACGGACCCGAUAACGGUGAUAAAAAUUUGGCAACGUUUGGAUACAUUCUCGUUCAAUAAUCAACCAGUAAAAUAGAACGCUAUCUUCUAGUCAAUAUUACGAUAACCUAUGGGUUGUAAAAACGUGACAAUUUCUUGCAUAUAAUUUGUACGUGAUUGUAGGUUCAGCAUUUAUAUAUUCAAAGUAACGAAUUAGCAUAAACAGGGACAUUUCAGAGACAUUAAAAUAUUGUGGCAUGUAAAUUCUAGGCCUUUCAAAAAUAUCAUAACAAAUAAGGCUUUGAUUGUUGAUACAAGUAAUAUA